AUGCUCUUGCUUUUGGUGGUCGCCGUCAUUUUUGGUAGUGUUGAAGCAGAGUUCAGCCACAAUCAAUUCCGCAACUACACCUGUGUACGUCAGCCGGCCGACGGGCAGACGCAGUGCCGUUUGAAGUUUGACGAGAAUUCCGAUGAAUGGGAUGCUCUGAAUGAUAACGGAUGCUUCAUGGAAUUCGACCCGAAACGCAAGGAGACGCUCGAAUUCUGCCCGCUGCAGUGCACUGACGCCGAGACGGCCUACAUCGAGGCCAAGACACCGACCAACAACAAUCGUUGCGUUGCCUUCUUCAACUACAACGUCAUCCACCGCAACACCGACUGGUUCCUGUGGCGCGCUGGCGAUUGUAUGAGCGAGGAGAUCCAAUUCCGCGUCGGCUGCACGUUCCCCUACAAGAAGCGCAAGUUCGACGAGAAGCGCAAGUUCAAGAAGGAGAAGAAC